CCGGCGUCCACUCCUGCUACUGCCCGGUGGGAGGGGCAGGGUGUGCGGCCUUCAAUCWGCAGGGCGCCGCGGAGGAGAACCGUGGAUGUGUGGACACACCACCUGGUAACUUAAGGAGAAGCAGAUCAGUUUGUGCYGCUCAGCAUCCUCAGAAAACCAGCUCUGCUUUGGCUCAGUUGUGCACUUGGAUUUUUGACUGGAUCAACUUUUUUUUUCCCUGUCAUGGCUUGCAUCGCUUCCUGACGGACACCAACCGUUUUUAGGUGUUUGUGGUUAUUUCCAACGAACGCUACGUGGAGACUUUGACUCCGCAGACCCCAUAAAUGCCUUUCACCGAGGAAAGGCUUCGGACAUUCAUUGUUCUGAAUGUGUACAAGCAACAAAUCACUUGAUAAAGAUGGGCAAUAAGCAAACUAUCUUCACCGAUGAACAACUCGAUGCUUACCAGGACUGCACUUUCUUCACUCGCAAAGAAAUUUUGCGGCUGCAUGGCAGAUACCAUGAGCUGGCUCCACAUCUCGUGCCGAUGGACUACACAAACGAACCUGACUGUAAACUGCCGUUAGCGUUGAUAGUUGACAUGCCGGAAUUAAAGGAAAACCCGUUCCGCAGCAGGAUCGUGGAGUCGUUCUCCGAGGACGGGAUGGGGAACCUGAGUUUCAAUGAAUUUGUCGACAUGUUCUCAGUCCUCAGUGAAAUGGCACCUCGAGAACUUAAGGCUAUUUACGCUUUUAAGAUUUAUGAUUUUAAUGUGGAUAAUUACCUGUGCAAAGAGGACCUUGAGAAGACUCUAAACAAGCUGACAAAGGAGGAGCUGACUUCUGAGGAGGUGGAGUUGGUGUGCGAGAAAACCAUUGAUGAGGCCGAUUUAGAUGGAGACAAUAAACUCUCUUAUUCUGACUUUGAAAAUAUGAUAUCCAGGGCUCCAGAUUUUUUAAGUACCUUUCAUAUCCGUAUCUGAGACCACACACGGAUGGACAGUUUCUCAUGCCGACAACUUGACGAACCUCAGGACUCAACCAGAUCUGUGUCUUACUGUCAGUCCCAAUUGUCUUACUUCACAAAAGACAUGCAACGAUUCAUUCUAGUGAUGUGUCUUUACCAAUAAGAAGAAAUUAGAGAUCACAGACCUCUUUUGCAAGCGAGGCCUGAAGGCAGCCUAACAUGCACAAGUUUGCUCUGUUGGAGGAAACUAGAUUACCCGGAGGCAACGAUGCUAACCACUAAGCURUUGUGCUGCCAAGAUCCCAAAUUUUCUGCAUCUAAAAGGUGUUAAUAAAUAAGUUCUU